AUGCCCAACCCACCUCAACUGUCUCUUUCGAUGCAGAGGAGGAGUGGCUCUACUCCUUGUCUCUCCCGGAUGUCAGAGCUUCACACCCUGUCUCCCAGGAUCAGCCCUAUGGAAAAAACACAUUUCAGGCACUUGUACCUGCGAUCUCAUUCUUUCGACCACUACCCAAAGUUCAUGGCCAUCGGUGAGGGGAAUGUUCUUUAUAAAUAUCUCUUUAGUGAAUGCUUUGUGUUUAAAUUAGAGCAGACAUGGUGGAAGGAUCAUGUGGCUGCGGAAAGAGACAAAACAGUCAAGCAUGAAGCUACUGAGGCCAAACCAACAAUCGAGUCAUCUGAGGCUACGGUAGAUGGGAAGAAGACCGGCAGAGUAGCUCCAGCCCGAGGGGUCCUUACAUCCACAGCGAAGACCCUCGCUCCUACACGAGUCAACAAGACAGCCACAGGAGCCAAACAGACUCCACAAGCUGCUAGAGGGAGGAAAGUAGGACUUUUAACUGCCAAGAGUAUCGGAGCUGGGAAGGCACCAGGCAAAACAAGCAUUAAAGCUCAAACAUCUUGUAAAUCUGAGCAGGAGCACAAACCAUUGACUUCAGCAGUGGAGCUUGGCAAGCAGGACAAUGAAGGUACAGUCUUAACAGCUCUGAAUGAGAAGUCCUAUUUGCCACGGCUAGGCUUAGCCAGGGCGCUGACGCGAACCGCCAACUCACAGAAACAGGCAUGUCAUUUGUACCGGGAAGUCAUUGACAUGGCUCCAGAGGUGCAUGAUGCGUACAUUGAGCUGGCCAAUCUGCUGUGUAAGGAUGAUCCUCUGGCUGCUGUGGACAUUUACAGUAGAUUCCCGCUGAAGCCCGUUUGUGAACAAACCUUUGAUGAUGCCUUCAUAACAGGAGAGAUUGUUCAUAUUCUGAUGAAACAAGAGAUUUAUGAACAUCCUCAGCUACUGCCCAACCUGAUAGCAUAUGGAAAAGUCAUGGGACUCUGUUGCCUUGAAAAAUAUAUUGAAGCACUUGAAGGGAAAUUCAUGACCAAUCUUCUCAGGACGGUUUACGCUGGAAUUCAUGACAAGUCAGUGGAUGAUGAGGAGCUGCAAGACUUCUUCAAAUUCAAGUGUUGGAUAUGAUCUUUUUAAUGAGGGAAUGUACUGUAUACAUUUGGUUGUCCCUAUUAUUCUGUCUUAUGGUCAUCCUUAUAGAUUUUGUUUCCUUAAUAUGUAAAUCCACUCUGAACAUUAAACAGACGUC